AAUCUUGGUGAAAACUACUAUGGUGAUGGUUAUCGUUGUUUUCGUUCUGGACUCUUCUUUCACAAAGAGUGUGCUAAUUCUAGCCUAGAGAUUCGCAACCUCUAUCAUCCACAACAUUCUUUGAAAAUUAAGAGAUCAACUAUUCUUGUCAUCCGCAACACCCCCUGAAGCGUUUCACGCGUGUUCCAAGUCGCACCGGUGGAAAAUGUUGUUUGUGUGGGAACAAACUUCAUAACGUGUUUUAUCAUUGUUCAGUUUGCAACUUCAGCGUGGAUGUCAACUGUAUAAAGAAUCCACCUCCUUUCAGUCUUCUCCACCCUAAGGCUCAUGAGCAUCCAAUCAUUCUUAUGCCGCAAAGAAGUUUUGUUUGUAAUGCUUGUGGAAUGGAUGAUGACCCAAAUCCUUAUGUAUGUCCUCAAUGCAAUUUCAUGAUCCAUAGAAAUUGUAUUGAUAAACCACGCGUCAUAAAGAUCAAUCAUCAUGACCACCGCAUUUAUUACAAUCAUUAUCUUGAUUCUGAUGACUGGGAAUGUGGUGUGUGUCAUAAAGAGAUAAAAUGGACGUGUGGAGCUUAUUCUUGUCUGAAGUGUCGAGAUUUUGCAGUUCAUCUAAGAUGUGCCACAAAGUUCGGGAUUUGGGAUGGGAUUGAACUUGAAGGGAUAUCAGAAACUAAUAUCGAGCUUAAGUCAUACGAGGUGGUUGAAGAGGGACUUAUAAAGCAUUCCAGUCACCAAGAUCAUGUUAUGAUGCUCAAAGAAGAGAAUGAUGCUGAUGACGAAGGCAUAGUUUGUGAAGCAUGUGUAUAUCCUGUAUUCUGUGGCCCAUUCUACAGUUGCACAGAGUGUGAUAAUUAUUUUCUUCAUCAGAAAUGUGCCCAUCUUCCAAAAAAGAAAAUAGAUUCAUUCUACAAGAUGGAGAUUACUCUAUUUCCAUGUGACAAAAUGGAAACAAUAUUAGGGCUUUGUGAAGUUUGUCAACACUUCUUUCAGGGUUUUCGGUACGCAACUGAGGAUGAUUUAACCCUUGAUGUGCGAUGUGGUUCUAUAUCCGAACCUCUGUUUCAUGAAAGCCAUCCUCAUCAUCCGUUGUACAUUGACUUUACCGGCAAUAAAACUUGUAAGGCUUGUGGAGAUGAGGCAACUUUCAUUUUGAGCUGCCAGGAGUGCGGAUAUUUUUUGGACAUUAAGUGCCCUUUUUUACCAAAUAAGGUGAAACACAAGUAUGAUAAAAAUCAUUUUCUGUUUCUAUGCUACGGCAAAAACCCGGGUGACCAAUACUUGUGUGAAAUUUGCGAGGGAGAACUAAAUCCAGAGCAAUGGUUCUAUAGAUGUGACGAGUGUUGCAUUACAUUUCAUAUCAAAUGUACACUUGGAGACUUAAUUAGUCUAAAGCAAAUAGUUGAUGCUGAACCAAUCAAACUGGAGGUGAUACGCAACAUUCAUAUGACCAGGUUAGUUUGUGCUGUAUGUCAUUCUCGCUGCCACUUUCCCUACAUGUUGAAAUGUUCUUCUCCUCUGGGCGUGGACACACUUUGUUCUUUACAAUGUUUUCGGCAAAAAUAUUUCCACAAAAUGACUCCAUUAUAUAUGAAAUAAAGUAUUAAUUAUUUUGUAUCUUAUAUUAGACGAGACGAAAAAUAAAUGGGUUCUCAUAAAAAGUCGUUAUUCCGGGUAUGUAUUUUGUUACCAAAUAGUA